AUGGUCAAGAUUGCCGUCAUUACUGGCAGCAGUGCCUCUGGUUUGGCUUGCAUGCAAAGACUCUUAGUAUCCAACAGUGGUAUCUCUCUUGUUCGCGGUUGUUUUCGAAGACAGGGUAUCGCUGCCACUAGACCCUCCUCUCUGCCCCUUCGGAAUGCUACCAGCAAGUAUGAAUCGGUGGCUCAUAUCGACGCCGCCGACGUGGAUUCGCUGCGUCGAGCACUGCAAGGUAUGGAUCGAGCCUUGCUGGUGACACCGUUGGACUACAAGGCCGGUGUACAGCAGGAUGCCCAAAAGAGCAUCAAUAUGAUUCAGGCUGCACACGAGGUUGGCGUGCAACGCAUUGUGCACGUGGGAAGUUGGACCGUCAAGGCACCGACGCAACUGCCCAUCUUGAGUUCCAGGUUUGCUCCCACGGAAGAUUAUCUGAGAGAAGAAAUCGGAGACAAGAUGGAAUGGACCGUCUUACGAGGAGGAUACUUUAUGCCCAAUUUCGCCCAUGUUCACGGAGAAGCCAUUCAAGCCAAAGGACAGUUGCUGCCACUUCCUGAUUGUCAAAUCCCACCCGUUGAUGUCGACGAUAUUGGACACGCAGCGGCAGCCUUGCUAGAAAAAGACGACGACAAUUUCAGCCAGUACCAUCAAGCCUUUGUCGAGUGUUGUGGACCAGAACUUCUAUCGCACAGUGCAAUUGCUACCGAACUGGGCGCCGGAUUGGACACGCCCAUUACGUAUCCGACUGCGGAUGCUCCACCCUUGCAGGAAUGGACAUCGGAAAAUCCCAUUCUUUCCGAGCUGUACCAUUACAUGGCAGAGGGCGAGGGGAAUCACAUCCCCUACGAUCCAGAUCCAGUGUUUGCCAAGAUUCUUGGUAGGCCAUUGACGACAUUAGGACAGUGGGCGGCGGAGAACAAACAUUCAUUUGCCUAA